UGUGCGCUAAUUUUUUGGUACUGCUCACACUAAUUGAAGGCUAUAUAAGUCGGCUUCCCCGCAUAAAAAUCGAAACAGCAGGAUCAAGUUUGCCUUCUCCGCGUCUCUGUUUCGUGCGCAAAAUAUUGGAGUGAGUAUGAGUGUGCCUUGUUCGGACCAGGAUUUUAGGCCGAUGAAGGGGAAGAAUGCAAGCUUGCCACCGGGGGUGAGAGCAGAGAGGUGUUGGUGCGGCCGCCUUGCGAAGGUGAAGGAGGUGGUUGAUUUUUCUGAUAAGUUCGGCAUGAAAUAUUUCAUGUGUGCGAGCUAUGAUCGUGAUCCACCCAGGCAAACAAGUUCAUCGUCCUCGAGGCCUGCGUCUCCCCCGCCCCUUUGCAUGUGGUUUCACUGGAUAGACCAGGAGCAGCCGGAGUGGGCACGCCGCGAGGUGGAGGAGAAACAGCGGCGUGCAUGGGCAAGGUUCCAUGAGGAGGAGCGUUUCGAAAAGGCUAUUGCUAAUGAUAAAGCAGAAAGAGAGAGACAGAUACAAAAAUUAAGGGCAGAGCAAGCUCGAAAUCGCGAGGUAAAUCAGAAGCGGAUGGAUGAUGAGGCUGCACGUAGGUAUGCAGAGGAAGAGGUGCGCAGGGAGGCCCGUGAAGCGGAAAGAAAGAGAUUAAGAGAAAGGGCUGCUGAGGCGCAGGCAGCAGAAGAACGCGGCGACAAGACUGGAAAAUGGCCACGCUGGACGCAGGGCAGAGUGAUCUGUUAUAGUAACUACGUAUUUUAA